AUAAAAUUGUGUCUUUUACCCUGCUUUGUAGCAUCUGUGAGUCACUUGGCAUUUAUUAUGAAGGAACUUUCGGUCUUAAGAAUUCCUGGACUUACUUAGUAAUUAUAAACAGUGUUUCUCAAGGGGUGUCUAUGUAUUGCCUUAUUUUGUUCUAUACCACACUCAAGGAAGAACUGAAGCCACUCCACCCCAUUGGCAAGUUUCUAAGUAUGAAAUUUGUCAUUUUUGUCUCUUUUUGGCAAGGAGUUAUCAUUUCUCUACUGGUGAAAUAUAAAGUCAUUGCUAGAGGGCCUCUGUGGGACUGGCAUUCUCCAGAAGAGGUGGCCAUAGGCCUCCAGGAUUUCCUCUUUUGUUUGGAAAUGCUUGUGGCUGGGAUUGCCCACCAUCACCUUUUUUCACACAAACCCCACGUUCAGAGCCAGGAAGAAGGCUCAUGGUUCAAGUCUUCCUUGGCCAUGUGGGACUUCUCGGAUAUUACAGACGAUGUCGCUGAACAGAUUAGUCAUAUGGGAUGGACCAUCCAUGGACAACACAAACCAAAAAAUCAUACUGAGGUGAUCAACACGCCUGAGGAAAUGGUCAGUGAUACUGCAGGAGCAAAAAAGUGUGAAUAUAUUGCCCUUACUGUACCAGAUGAAGUGGUUAGUGACAGCCCAGAUGACACUUUGGAGACAGCAGAAGAGGAAGCGGUGAAGGAGGUGGAGGAGUGAGGGGCCCUGGCCUCAGGCCCGGGGAGUCCACAUACUGGGCCCAAGUAGACACCCUGGACCUGAGUGUGUCUGAGGGGCCCCGUGAGGACCCUUUUUGCACAGAUUGGACUGUAUAAAUCACUUUUCACCAGAAGCAAAUAUCAGGUGGUACUAACAAAGGAAAAGCUACACAGAAGAAGAGUACUGACUUCUGAACUGUAUGUUUCGUUAGCCUGGAUUUGACAAGGCUAACGAAUGAUGAAUCAUGACUGUAUUCCCACUCUCCUUGGUUCAGAGUUGAGUGGUAUUAGAAGUCCAGAACUGCAGCUUGUACAGGGAUGUAUGACUGGCUUUAUGUUAUCUCGAGAAACAUACCUUUGUUUAAAGGUUGAAACCAUGGCAAUGAGAUGGAAAAUACAAGUUUAUGAUGUACAUUUAUAUUUGUAACUCAAGAACACCAAAGGGGGGAAAAAAAGAACACCAAGGGAGAUGUGAUACCUUACUUACAUUGACUGAAAGACAAAACAUGGAACUAGAGAAAAAGGAGAAGCCAGAGAAAUGGAAAUGAAGACAAAAGCCUUCUACACAAAAGCAUAAAACAAAUGGAGCACCCAAGAAUCAAAGAGGAGAAAAGAAGAUGAAAGGAUGAAUGUGCAUUUGUUUUGUAAUCACUAAUGGGUGUUCAUAAAAUGUAUUACGCAAUGCUCAAUUAUCAUGACAUCAAAAGGGAUCGAGUUUACCUGUUCAUUGUGAUCUAUAGUGUAGUUUCAUUUUUUAAAAUGCAACAGCUCUGCUGAAGUAUUUUAUCAUUAUCACUUGAAGUAAUAAA